AUGCAAUUCUCCAAGGUUAUUGUCCCAGCUGCUUUGGCCGUCGCUGCCUCUGCCUCUGCUAACGUCACCGUUACCACUGAAGUUGUUGUCACUGACUACACCACUUACUGCCCAGAAGCAACCUCUGUUGUUGUUAACAACAAGACCAUCACCGUUACUGAGGCCACCACUUUGACCAUCUCUGGUCCUUGUACCAUCCCAACCACCUACGUCACUGUUCCAUCCAGUGUUGCCCCAGCUCACUCCACUGUUGCUAACAUCUCCACCACCUACGCCGGUGCUGGUUCUAAGGUUGCAGCCGGUGCUUUUGCUGGUGUCGCCGCCGUUGCUGCUGCUUUGAUCUAA